CACUGAAAACAUCAUAUGACCAAAGCUGAGUUCCUGAUUGGCUUCCCAUCAAACUUCACAAUAGAUCAAAAGAUAAUCAAAGUGGGAUUUUUAAGAUUGAUUGUCUUUAAAUUGUUGAUUCUUUCUGCCUUUUACAGAUGGUUUAGGUUACUGGACAAGCAAGGCAAGCCGGACAAAGACCGAGGGGAGGUUCUUCUGGACAUCCAGUUCAUGAGGAACAACAUGACGGCCAGCAUGUUUGACCUCUCAGCUGCGGGGAAGUCCCGUUCUCGCCUGGGCAAGUUUAAGGACAAAGUUCGUGGCAAGAAAAAGGAGUCGGACUCAUCAUCUGGCGUGGUGCCGGCCCUCACUCAGGUUAUGACCGACAGUGAGGAGGAGGCCAAUGGAGAUGGGGAGGAGGCAGCCAAAAAGGAUGGCAAAUCCAAGAAGCUGAAGGUGAAAUCUCUGUUUUCCUCCAAGUCUAACCUCCAGAAGACGAUGUCUCAGUCGAUGUCCGUGCUGCCGGUGAAGAACUCCUCCCUGAGUGGCAGCCAAUCAUCUGGUCUAAAUGUGGAUCCAAGUGAAGGUAAAAAGAAGUUUAAGUUCAAGAUACAUAAACGCUCUGGAAGCUCAGACAGCAAAGAUUUGUCGUUUGGAAAUCAAAAACGUCCUUCUGUGGAGCAGAGCAACAUGUGCAUCAAUGGCAGCCAUGUUUACUGUGAAGAGCCGCAGCCACGGACGUCUCGAGCCGGUUCAAACUUCAGCCUGGCCAGUUCAGGUCACGGAUCGAUGGAGGACGUUCCCGAUAACUCCUCCCCAUCCCUGGAUUCACUCCGAGCAGUGAGACAAUAUUCACCAUGGAUGGAGGAAGAGGAGGAGGAGGAGGAGGAGAAGCAGGAAACUGAAAAUCAAUCUUCAAGAGAAGAUGAGGCCAAAAUGGAGGAGGAGGAGGAGGUGAGGAGGAAGAAAAAGGAGGAAGAGGACAUUCUGAAGAGGCAAGAGGAGCUCAAAAGGAUUGUUCAGAGAAAAGAAGAAGAAAAACUGGCAGAAGAAGAAAAGAUCAGAGAGGAAGAGCGCCAGAGGUUAGCAGAAGAAAAGAGGAGACUGGAGGAGGAAGAAGAAAAGAAGCUUGAAGAGGAAGAAAAGAGACGUGAAGAGGAAAAAAUGAAGGAGGAGGAGAGGAAAGCACAAGAGGAAGAGGAAAGACGACGGGAAGAAGAGUUUAAAUUAGCCCAGAAAAUGAGAAUAGAGGAAGAAAAGAGGAUGGAAGAGCUACGGAGGCAAAAGGAGGAAGAAGAGUUUAAAUUAGCCGAGAAAAUGAGAAUAGAGGAAGAAAAGAGGAUGGAAGAGCUACGGAGGCAAAGGGAGGAAGAAGAGUUUAAAUUAGCCGAGAAAAUGAGGAUAGAAGAAGAAAAGAGGAUGGAGGAGCUAAGGAGGCAAAGGGAGGAAGAAGAGCGAAUUGAGGAGAUACGAAGAAAGGAAGAGGAGGACAUGAUCAGGAGGCAAAAAGAGCAGGAGGAAAUGAGGAGAAAAGAGGAGGAGGAGCUUCUUAGGAGGCAGGAAGAAGAAAAGCAAAAAGAAUAUGAGAGAAAGAAGAGAGAAGAUGAGAUGAGGAAGAAAGAAGAGGAAGACAGGGCGAGGAAGCAAAAGGAGAUUGAGGAAAUGAAGAGAAAAGAGGAAGAGGAGAUGCUCAGGAGGCAAGAGGAACUUGAGAGGGAACUUGAAGAGGAAAGGCUGAGGCUGGAGGAGGAGGCGAGAGAAGCCGAAAAAGAGAGACUUAAGAGGGAAGAGGAGGAAAGGAUUAGGGUGGAAGAAGAAAUUCAAAGGAAAGAGGAGGAGACAAGGCUAAAAGAACUUGAAAGGUUGAGACAGGAGGAAGAAGAGAGAAUGAGGAGGGAAGAGCAGGAAAGGAUUGAGGAAAAGAGGAGACGGGAGGAUGCGGAGAAGGCUAGAAAGGAAAAGGAAGAAAAUGAGAGGUUGGCACAACAGAGGAGAUUGGAGGAACAGAAAAAGAUUGAGGAAGAAGAGAAGUUAAGGAAAGAAGAGGAGGAGAGGAAGCUGAAGGAGGAGCAAAGAGCUGCUGAAUUGAUCUCUACAAAUCCAUUUGAUGAGGAAACUCCCAACUUUUCCUCUGAAUCUCAGAACCAAAG